GAGGCCAGAGAUCAGACCUACAUCCUCAUGGAUACUAGUUAGAUUCUUAACCAGCUAAGCCACAACAGAACUCCUCUAGUGGAUUUAAAUGUUGCUUGAUUUUUAAAAUCCAAGCAAAGAUUCUUUUUAGAAAUAACCACUGCAUGAAGAAGUGACAGAAGGUGUGUGUGUCUUUCAGAAAUCACACAUGUAUGUACAGCUAAGCGCUAAUCCAAGUAUUUGCCUGCUGUCUCUCCUAGGCUAGCAAACUUAUUGGUUGUAAGGACUUGGACCCCUUUACACUUUUAAAAAUUAUUGAAGGAUCCCAGUGUGAAAUAUGUCAGUAUUUACCAUAAUAGAAAUUAAAAUUGAGAAUUAAAGAAAUAUUAAUUCAUUUUUUUAAAAAGGAAAUAACAAGCCUAUUACUUGAUAACAUAAAUAGAAUUUCUUAUGAAAAAUAACUUUUCCAAAACACAAAAAUUAAAAGAGUGGCAUUGUUUCACACUUUUCCAAAUCUCUCUAAUUAUAUGGCUUAAUAGAAGACAUCUGGAUCCUCAUAGCUGCUUCUGUAUACGGUCCGUGGUGAUCACACGUCUUGAAAAUUCUCCGGCCUGCUGAAAAUGACUGAAUAUAAACUUGUGGUAGUUGGAGCUGGUGGCGUAGGCAAGAGUGCCUUGACGAUACAGCUAAUUCAGAAUCACUUUGUGGAUGAAUAUGAUCCUACGAUAGAGGAUUCCUACAGGAAACAAGUAGUAAUUGAUGGAGAAACCUGUCUCUUGGAUAUUCUCGACACAGCAGGUCAAGAGGAGUACAGUGCAAUGAGGGACCAGUACAUGAGGACUGGGGAGGGCUUUCUUUGUGUAUUUGCCAUAAAUAAUACUAAGUCAUUUGAAGAUAUUCACCAUUAUAGAGAACAAAUAAAAAGAGUUAAAGACUCUGAAGAUGUACCUAUGGUCCUAGUAGGAAAUAAAUGUGAUUUGCCUUCUAGAACAGUAGACACAAAACAGGCUCAGGACUUAGCAAGAAGUUAUGGAAUUCCUUUUAUUGAAACAUCAGCAAAGACAAGACAGAGAGUGGAGGAUGCUUUUUAUACAUUGGUGAGAGAGAUCCGACAAUACAGAUUGAAAAAAAUCAGCAAAGAAGAAAAGACUCCUGGCUGUGUGAAAAUUAAAAAAUGCAUUAUAAUGGGUGUUGACGAUGCCUUCUAUACAUUAGUUCGAGAAAUUCGAAAACAUAAAGAAAAGAUGAGCAAAGAUGGUAAAAAGAAGAAAAAGAAGUCAAAGACAAAGUGUAUAAUUAUGUAAAUACAAUUUGUACUUUUUUCUUAAGGCAUACUUAAGUAAAAGUGGUAAUUUUUGUACAUUACACUAAAUUAUUAGCAUUUGUUUUAGCAUUACCUAAUUUUCUUUCUGCUCCAUCCAUACUGUUAGCUUUUAUCUUGAAUGCUUAUUUUAAAAUGACAGUGGAAACUUUUUUUCCUCUAAGUGCCAGUAUUCCCUGAGUUUUGGUUUUUGAACUAGCAAUGCCUGUGAAAAAGAAACUGAACACCUGAGAUUUCUGUCUUGGGGUUUUUGGUGCAUGCAGUCAAUUACUUCCUAUUUUUCUUACCAAUUGUGGACUUUAGUGUGAAACAAAUUAAUGAACCUUUCAAAUCAUCCCUAGUCUAUGUUUUAUCUGGUCACAUACAUGGGUCAAUUACUAAUUAUAACUUCACUUGGAAUUUCAAGAUUGGUUUUAUUGAAACAUUGAGGGAACACGAAUUUAUGGACUUCCUAUAGAUUCAUCUUGUAUGCAUCAUGUCCUGUAGUUUCAGUUACCCUUGUAUGAAUGUAAGGUUACACUGUUCACAAAGGUUUUCUUCUUUCCACUGCUAUUUGUCAUGGUCAUGUUUCCAAAAAUAUUAUAUUUUUUCUAUAAAAAGGGAAAAAAUGGAAAAAAAUACAAGGCAAUGGAAAAUACUAAAAGGCCAUUUACUUUCUGCAUUAGAUAAAUUCCUAUAAUACUCUGAAUAGCUUCUCCUGUUAAGUAAGACCCAGUAUGUAAUGAGGAUUAUAAUAACCAUUUUGGGGCUAUAUUUACAUGCUACUAAAUUUUUGUAAUGAUUGAAAAAAAUUUAACAUGUAUAAAAAAUUUUCAUAGGAAUUAAAUAUAGUCUCCCUGUGUCAGAAUGCUUUCUUAGCAUAACUUUAAAUCUUUUCUUGAACUUCAGUCUUUGAAAGUAGUUUUAAUUCUACUGAUAGUGACGUUAAAGAUUAUUUGGGCCAGUUAGCUUAGUAGGUUACAAAGGCCAGGCUUUGUGUGAACCUUUGAGCGCCACUGAGAGCUUCACAGGUGGACUGCAUUCCUGUGAUCCUCCAGUGUUGUUAUGCCUGGGCUGGUCAGGAAUGGCGACUAGGAGAGAGUUUGGUUAGCUCAGCAAGGUACAUUGUCACCAUGUGGUAGUCCUACUCAGGAACAUCACUUUUGUUGAAAUUAAAAAAAAAAAAAAAAAAAGAACUUAAAAAAAACAUUAUUUUUAAUGAGAUUUUAGGGUGGGGUAGCAAGAUUUUAAUUUUUUUUAAAUGAAAUGAAAAAGUUUCAAAAUCUUGAGUAUUGGCUAGUUCUCUUAACACUGGCUGAAGUAACAUUUCAUAAACACUUUACAAGUCUGGUCCAUAUUUAAGAAUACCUGAUGCUUAUAAAAUAGAUAAUAAUUAAUGGUAACAAAAUGAUUCUUUCAGUGCAUUUAACAUGUUAACUUAUUUUAAAAUAUUUGAAGUGAGAUGGUUGUGUUGAGGUGAAAAUAUCACUGGACAAGGAGGAAGGUGACUUAGAUUCUAGUUUUGUGUCUUUUACAAUUUGGGGCAAAUCACUUACUCUCCAUUUUUUCAUGCUUAAAAGGCAUCUCAAAGGCUGUAUCUAGCAUUACAACUAUGUGAUUUACAUUUACUUUACAUAAGGAUAUACCUAUUUGUCAGUCUCAGCACAAUCUGUAACUUUUCACCUGUGUUAUCACCUUCAGUGCCAGCCUUAGGCAAAAUUGUGCAAGAGGUGAAGUGUAUUUUUGAAUAUUCAUUCUCUGGUUUGAGGACUUCUUCCACAUUAGUGUUGUCUUGCCUGCCUACCCUUCUACAUACCCCAUGACUAGAUGCUUUUUCUUUUAAUAUUUCUGAUUCCCCCAACCUCAAGAUUUAUUGCUGCUUUGGUUAUCUCCAUGAAGGCUUCCCAUCAAGUCACAUCGAAUACCCUACAUCUGACUUCCUCAGGCUCAACAUAAUCUCACAGAUACUCUCAUGGGAUUUGACCUGAUAGCUCAUUUUUAGGUGGUGGCUGUAGCAAUUUAACCUUGAUCUUCUGAAUGUCAUCUCUUUGCUACCAGGACUAUCAGUGACUAAGUGGGAAUUUUCAUAUCUGCUGGGAGUAGACAGAACCCUGUCCGGUGGAAGAAUUUAAUAAAGAAUAUGCUGAAAGAAUUCCUUACAUAGUCUAUAACUAGGACUAGUCCUGCUAAUAGUGAUACAUUCCAUUGUUUUAAAAACUAAAAUCUUAUAAUGAAAGAUACUUUAAAAUUUAAUUAAUAAAGUUUAAUCUUUUGGCAGAGUUCACUUAUUCAACAAAUAUUUGAGUGCCUACUAGAUGCCAGGCACUACGCAAGGCUCUGGGGAUAUUAUAGUAUCCCCAAGAAAGGGACAUGAUCCUUAUCCUUAAGUAGUUCUUUGGUUCUAGAGUGGGCUAUAACAUCUUAGGCAUUUGGCAGAUGACCCAGAUAUAACAUAAUGCAUAUUGUGGUUUUGCAAAGAAGGGAUCUGGUCUCUAAGGUUUCUUCCGGUUCUAAAAUAAUUGUUUUGCUCUGAUUCUCAUGUAACUGUUUAAAGAAGCUACAUCUUUUUAUUAAAUCAGUUUACUUCAUUGUUUUAAAGAAAUAAAUUUGAUAUAUUUGGCAUAAUCAUGUGAUUCUAUUGGGACAAUUAUAGUACAAAUUAAUUUGUAUGUCAGAUAAUAUUAAAAUUCCCUUAUGUGUAAUAUAGUCUCUUUGUAUAAGUAAUUAAAAUAAACUUUAAAAAUUAAAUACUGAAUUCUAAAAUAGUUUAUCUGGGUAAAAAUAAACAGAUGCCUGCACUAAUUUCAGAAAAGGCAACUUCUCUGUAAAAUCAGUAUGAUUUCUAAAAUGCAGUACUAAACUACAUGUUUAUGGAACAUUAUCUAGGUAAGGUGUUAAGACUUACGUAGUACCUCCUCUUGUUUAUACACAAGAGAAAGAAAUGGCCAUACUUCAGGAAUUGCAGUGCGUAACUGAGGGGAUUUUUAGGACUCCUGAAUUUUUGAUGUAGCCGGGCAAUUUUUUUUAUGGAAGUGGUUAUUAUCCUUUAUUAUGUGAAUUUUGAAUGGUUUAAUAAAAGGUUUGUUUUUGUGGAGAUUUUAAAAGGGGAGAGAGAAUCCUAGAAAUAACAUAAAUGUUACCAGAUUAUUACAGCCUUAAUGAUAAAAAUCCUUGUCGAAGUUGAAAAAUAUUGCUAAAUUACAUAGUUUUAGACAUGUUUGUGGAAGAAUGUAGCAGAAGUAUUUAGUAUAAUCUGAGUGAAUAUCUCCAAUUAGGAAUUCUAGGCUCCAUUUAAACUGAGUCACACUGCAUAGGAAUUAGAACCAAAUUUACAGGUUAUCAAAAUCUUGGCCACCAUUGCACAAUUUUGUCCUAAAAUAUAUUGAAACUUUGUGAGGCAUGUUAAGUUGCAGUUUGCACAAGUUCAUCUCAUUUGUAUUCCAGUAAUUUUUUUUUCUUCUACCCAUGUUUUUCUAAAUAUAUACACAUUUAGGGGUUUUUUUGGUAGGCAGUAAAAACUGUCUGCCAUUUCCAUUUGUCAAAAAGUAAUGAUUUCUUGAUGACUGAUUAUAUAUUAAUUUUUAAUAACCCAUUAGUUACUUUAAAGCUCAAUUUAUAUUUAUUCACUUUGGUGUUAAUAUUGGGUAGCAUGAAAUCUGCAUUGAGAAACUGAACAGCAUACAACUUGGUAGCUGUAAAUUCCUUCAGAAAAUGAAAUUUCUUUAAAGAUACAUUCACAUCAGUUCUUAAAGAAUAGUCGUAACUAGAUUAAUACUUGUUUUAGUUUAAUAGUUUUAAGUGCCUGUUUGAGAUGAUAAUAGGCAGUUUUAGAUGAAUUUAGGGAAAAGUUAUUACCUGCAGAAAUGUCACAGAAGGUCCCCUUCCCUAUAGCGUUAAAUGGGUUAUGUAAUGUUUUAUCCAGAAGUUUCCAAUUCCACUGUCUUGUGUUUUCAUGUUGAAAAUACUUUUGCAUUUUUCCUUUGAGUGCCAAUUUCUUACUAGUACUAUUUCUUAAUGUAACAUGUUUACCUGGAAUGUAUUUUAACUAUUUUUGUAUAGUGUAAACUGAAACAUGCACAUUUUGUACAUUGUGCUUUUUUUCCGUGGGACAAAUGCAGUGUGAUCCAGUUGUUUUCCAUCAUUUGGUUGCGCUGACCUAGGAAUGUUGGUCAUAUCAAACAUUAAAAUUAAAAAUGACCACUCUUUUAAUUAAAAUUAACUUUUAAAUGUUUCUAGGAGUACGUGCUGUGAAGUGAUCUGAAAUUUGUAAUAUUUUUGUCAUGAACUGUACUGCUCCUAAUUAUUGUAAUGUAAUAAAAAAUAGUUAUGGUGACUA